UCUCCCUCGCUCCCCCUCCCUCUCUCUCGCUCUCUCUCUCUCUGUUUGUGUCUCCACUGUUCUGCUGCACCGGUUUGAGGAGCACUGCAAGUUUGCUGUUGUCUGACGGCAGUAGGAUGUGUAUUGUGGAUGUAUUUUAUUCUUGCUGUAUGAAUGUGAGGCUGUAAUGUGAGAUCUAUUUUUAAUUACACAUAGGAGGUUUUGCGCAAUCUUUCCUGCACUGUUCCUCAAUCUGACUGCCCACGUACAGGACAUAUUUCAUCUCUGUCAUGGUAUCAGAGGUAUCCUAUUACUCCCCUUCAUUUUCUGGCUGACUAUGAAGUAGAUGCAGAGCUCCAUUGGACAUGGAGAUGGUCGACAUUUGGUGGAACAUGAUGCUGGAUGUCCUGUUGGGUCAUUGACUAUUCAAACUGCAGUGCAUUGGAUGCGUACUCAACCCACCUGAACAUCCACUGCCAUCCAGUACUGCGAGUUUGAUCUCCAGGAUGACUGUGGUGGUUGCUGGAGAUAAUAUAGAUGAGACGUCCUCCACUCUGCAGGGGCAACCGCAGGACUCGCAGUAUUCCCCCGAGUGCUGCGAGCGGGUGGUCAUCAACAUCUCAGGGCUGCGCUUUGAGACACAACUCAAGACGCUUGCCCAGUUCCCAGAGACCCUACUAGGCAACCCCAAAAAAAGGAUGCGCUACUUUGACCCUUUAAGGAACGAAUACUUCUUUGACAGAAACCGCCCAAGCUUUGAUGCCAUCCUCUACUACUAUCAGUCAGGAGGGAGGUUAAGAAGACCCGUCAAUGUACCCUUGGAUAUGUUCUCUGAGGAAAUUAAGUUUUAUGAGCUUGGAGAAGAAGCUAUGGAAAAAUUUCGCGAGGAUGAGGGCUUUAUUCGUGAGGAAGAGCGCCCCCUGCCGGAGAAUGAGUUUCAGAGACAGAUUUGGCUGCUGUUUGAGCAUCCCGAGAGCUCAGGACCUGCCAGAGGGAUCGCGAUUGUCUCCGUCAUGGUUAUUCUCAUUUCGAUUGUCAUAUUUUGCUUGGAGACUUUACCAGAGUUGAAAGAGGAUCCACAUGGACGGCUCCAGGUGAUAGGCAACAGCACGUUCUACUACAAACCAAAUAUUUUUACCGACCCGUUCUUUGUCGUGGAGACACUCUGCAUCAUUUGGUUUUCUUUUGAGUUGAUUGUCCGUUUUUUCGCUUGCCCAAGUAAACCUGCCUUCUUCAAAAACAUGAUGAACACGAUCGACAUAGUGUCCAUCAUUCCAUAUUUCAUAACGCUCGGAACGGAGUUGGCAGAGGACCCCGACGGUGGAAAGGAGGUGAAGGGUGGAGGAGAGCAGGCCACAUCUCUUGCCAUUCUCAGGGUCAUCCGCUUGGUUCGGGUGUUUCGGAUAUUUAAGCUGUCCAGACACUCCAAGGGGCUUCAGAUCUUGGGCCAGACUCUGAAAGCCAGCAUGCGUGAGCUAGGACUCCUCAUCUUUUUCCUUUUCAUCGGCGUAAUCUUGUUUUCCAGCGCAGUGUAUUUUGCCGAGGCCGAAGAGAAGGAUUCCUUCUUCACAAGUAUCCCAGACGCUUUCUGGUGGGCGGUGGUUUCGAUGACAACCGUGGGGUAUGGAGACAUGUACCCUGUUACGAUUGGGGGCAAGAUAGUAGGCUCUCUAUGUGCCAUUGCUGGAGUGCUAACGAUUGCGCUUCCAGUGCCUGUGAUUGUGUCCAACUUUAACUAUUUCUAUCACAGAGAAACCGAAGGAGAUGAACAGGCACAGCUCCUCACAGUGAGCAACCCGAACAUCGCGUCCGACUCCAACUCCAGUCGUCGCAGCUCGUCUGUCGUCAGCAAGUCAGAAUACAUGGAGAUCGACGAUGACCUCAAUAACAGCAUUGAUAAUUUUCGAGAGGCAAACCUGCGAACUGGGAACUGCACAGUUGCGAAUCAGAACUGCGUAAAUAAAGUGAAGCGUCUCACAGAUGUAUAGAUUUCCAGUGUCAUUCUAGGCCAUUACAAGACUGUACAUAUUGUAGUCUAUUCAUAUAUCAGAAUGCUUAAAACUGGGCCUUUGAUAAUGAAUUAUUUCAUUGCGUAUGUUUGAUCUCAAGUCCACAAGAGUUGCUUUGAUUCUGUUUGAAGAAUGGUAGUCUAAAAUAUGCCAAUCGACACCAAUAAGUAAAAGAAAGAAUAACUAUUAAUCGGAUGGUUAGAGUACUUGGAUAUAUAAAUGCACCUUACCCCAAAAUAUUAUUAGUUAUUCAGUGACUCAUUUGCAAAAAUUACAUUUGCAUGUAGAACAAUUACUUUUUUUUGUACCGUAUGUUCAUCAUUUAUUUAUGUACUUGUUUAUUUGCUCAUUAAGGCUACCUUAAGUCAUUUGCAAACUGAAUGUUGAUUAAUUAUGCAGAUCAUGGCAUGUUUUAUGAAACGUUGAGGUCUGUUUGAUAUGGUACUAUGUAUCUUGCUUUAAUAAUACAUGACAUUAAUAUGAACUUCAUCACUCAUAGCCAAGCCGACAGUACGGCUCUCUUGGACACCAACCACUGCCCAUUAAAAGCACAACUUUCUUAAACAUCUUUAAAAAC